CUGCCCCGGGCAAUUUUAUAUAACAUUGUGCCCACUGGGUUUUAAAGAAAAUAUUUUGUCAAUAAAAACCUCUCUUUAAACGUAAGGUGAAAUUCAUGCAGGAGGAACAACGCGUCACUUUUAACAUUCAAUUAAACUACUUCAUACACCCAUCUUUCCUUUCCUAAGCCUCUUCUACCCACCCAACGGCCUCUUUUUAGUAUAGAUAAUGGCUAAAACAAAGCAGUACGUAGACGAUGACAGCGACGUUGACAAAGAGUACAAGCCUCAAGUGAGCAACGAAGAAGAUGAGGAAGAAUUUGAAGAAGAGAGCUCGCCAGCCCAAGGAGCAUCUUCUUCAAAAAAGAGACAAAGAGAAGAUGAACCAGAUGUUCAGCGUGAUAAGGACGGUAAUGCCUUUUUUCCUCUCUCUGCAAAGAGAAGAUUAACUAUUCGCCCUUUCAAAACUGGUGAGCCUUCUAUCGAUAUCCGCGAGUUUUAUUCAGAUAAAGCCACCCAAGAAAUGAGACCAGGCAAAGCAGGUAUUUGUUUGCCCAUUAAUCAAUGGAACCAAAUAGUAGAAUUACUACCUGUUAUCCAACAAAUAGUAGAUUCAAUGGGUGGAACGAAAUCAAAGAAACAAAAAUAACAGCGCUCAAGUGAUUUUUCCCAAACUAGGCACAGCUUCAGAGUGACUCACCGCGUUUAAAUUGACAUUUUCAUUACCGCUUUGAAAUUAAAAAAAUAAAAAAGAACUACGAUUUCUAAACGUUUAUCCCUUC